AUGGGAGACCUGGAAUCUGCCCGCACUAAAACCGAGACUGGCCAGGUCCGGAGUUGCACAGGUAUGCGGCGAGUCUCACGCUGUGAAGCAGAGCUGAAGGGAUGCGCCCUCGCGGAUAUCUCGGAGUAUCUAGGCACGGACAAAUCGUUAGCCGUGCGAGUAAAACAGCGAUCCGAAGGUACAAGGUUUUUGCUUCGGCUGCGCUGA